AUGUGGAAGAUCCAGAUCCAUGCCCUCCUUGAUGGAUAUGAUCUCGCUGGUCAUAUUGAUGGGUCUGCGGUCAUUCUUCCAGCAACUCUCACAACUGGUGAGGCAGUCUCGAUGAAUCCAGCAUACACUCUCUGGAAUCGUCAAGACAAAUUGAUCUUCAGUUACCUAAUUGGAGCGAUCUCCACGCCGCUCCAACCUCUUGUUGCUCGUGCUUCCACAGCCUUUGAAGUAUGGGAAAGACUUGCCCAAACCUAUGCUAAACCUAGCAGGGGCCAUAUCAAACAACUGAAGACGCAACUCAAAAACUGGCGCAAAGGAAGUAAAACCAUUGAUGUUUUCCUUCAAGGUGUCACCACUCGCCUGGACCAACUGGCGAUACUCGGUGCCGCGAUGGAGCAUGAAGAUCAAAUAGAUCUCAUCCUCGAAGGUCUGCCUGACGACUACAAAACGGUCAUAGAUCAGGUUGAAGGCCGUGAUACUCCUCCAUCAAUCACCGAACUACAUGAGAAGCUUCUCAACCAUGAGGCUAAACUUCUCACCACUGCUGAAGCAAUGCUUCCACAGGUUCCAGUCACUGCAAACGUGGCUCAACAACGCAACAACCACCACAACAACAACUUCCGCAACAACAACAAUCACUCACGCAACAAGAACAACCAGUGGCAACAGUCAUCCUCCAACUGGCAAUCUCCUCCACCACAAACGAGGUAUGAUUCCUAUACUCCUAGACCUUACCUUGGCAAGUGCCAGAUUUGUGGUGUCCAGGGUCAUGGAGCGAAGAGGUGUCCUCAAUUUCCGCAAUAUCAGGCGCACAACAACUUCAAUAAUCAGCGUCCUGGUCCGCUUACACCCUGGCAACCUAGAGCCAAUUUCGCAGCAGGCUCGGGUUACUCUCCUGAUCACUGGUUACUUGAUAGUGGAGCGACGCAUCACAUGACGUCGGACCUCCACAAUCUCUCCUUGCAUCAACCGUAUCCUGGAGGAAAUGAUGUUUCACUCGCUGAUGGUUCCUCCAUUCCGAUUACUCACUCCAGUUUCAAAUCUCUCCCUACAAAAUAUCAUCCAUUACGUUUACAAGAUGUUUUAUAUGUCCCUGAUAUCCAUAAAAAUCUUAUAUCGGUAUAUCGAUUAUGCAAUGCUAACCGUGUUUCGGUGGAAUUCUUCCCUGCAUCCUUUCAGGUGAAGGAUCUGAACACGGGAACCCCAUUACUCCAAGGCAAAACUAGAGAUGAACUGUAUGAAUGGCCGGUGUCUCCGUCUCAAGUCUCUGCGUUGUUUGCUUCACCAAACUCUAAGGCGACUUCAGCUUCAUGGCAUUUGCGAUUAGGCUAUCCCUCUUCUUCCAUUCUAAACACUGUUGUUUCUCAAUUCUCUCUUCCUGUGAAAAAACCAUUAUCUCAAGCUUUCUCCUGUUCAGAUUGCUUAAUAAAUAAAAGCCAUAAAAUUCCUUUUUCCAAAUCCACAAUUACCUCAUCACGACCUCUUGAAUAUCUUUUCUCCGAUGUGUGGAGUUCCCCCAUUCUUUCACAUGAUAACUUCAAAUACUAUGUCAUUUUCGUGGAUCACUUUACCCGAUACACCUGGCUAUAUCCCCUGAAACAAAAAUCCCAAGUCAAACAAACAUUCAUAGCCUUUAAGAGUUUGGUGGAGAAUCGUUUUCAACACAAGAUAGGGACGCUGUUUUCUGAUAAGGGAGGUGAGUAUGUGGCGUUAAGAGAAUACCUUUCUACACAUGGCAUCUCCCACUUGACGUCACCUCCUCACACGCCAGAACACAAUGGUAUGUCAGAACGGAAGCAUCAUCAUGUAGUGGAAAUGGGAAUGACGCUCAUGUCGACAGCCUCUGUUCCAAAGCAGUACUGGCCUUACGCUUUUGCCGCCGCGGUGUAUCUCAUCAACCGUUUACCAUUUCCCGUCAUUGAAUUGUGUUCGCCGUUCCAGAAACUCUUUGGAGUAGCUCCCAAUUAUGACAAAUUGCGGGUUUUUGGAUGUGCUUGCUAUCCAUGGCUCAAACCAUACAAUCGUCACAAAUUGGAAGACAAAUCGCUUCGGUGUGUGUUCUUGGGUUACUCCAACACACAGAGUGCUUACUAUUGUCUGCACCUUCCCUUUGGACGUCUAUACACCUCACGCCAUGUCCAAUUUGAUGAACAUGACUUUCCGUUUGCUUUCACUCAAGCUCCGAAAGUCACAGAUCUCGAUUGCACAGUGUCGAUUGAAGGACCGCCAGUCACACAACUUCCGUCUCAGAGUUUGCCGGUGGUUUUCCCGUGUUCGGACCUUCACUCCGCCUCUCCUGUGCCAUCGCCGACCGUCGCCUCUCCACAGGUAUCGCCUCUCAACUCUAUCUCUUCUUCUUCUCCCUCCUCAAACUCUGAGCCCACUGCUCCAACACAAAAUGGGCCGCAACCCACGGCCCAGCAACAAUCACCACAAAAUCAGCCCACUUCACCACAAAAUCCACAUGGCCCACUUCUUUCUCCUUCAUCCUCAACCCAGAACAGUUUCCCGUCGGAAUCGGAAAAUUCCAACUCGACGACGGUGUCCCCCUCGACGACAUCAUCCUCCUCCACUUCUGAUACAUCACCACCAAAUCCACCUCCACCAAAUCCUCCACUAUUGAACCCUCAAAACCAAAAUCCACAGAACCAGCCAAAUCCUCAAAACCAAAAUCCACAACACCCAAUUCCAGAAAACAUUCACGCCAUGGGUACUCGAUCCAAAGCUGGUAUCGUCAAAUCGAAUCGGCGUUAUCUGCUUUCUGCCUCAGUUACCUCUCAGUGUGAUUUUGAACCGACAGCUGCUCAAGCUCUUAAAGAUGAUAAAUGGCGAAAUGCAAUGGGUGGUGAGUAUAAUGCUCAGAUUCAGCAUCGGACGUGGGACUUAGUACCUCCUCCGUCGUCGAUGGUUACGUGUGUCGGCAGUAAGUGGAUCUUUACUAAGAAAUUCCACUCCUCUGGUGUCCUGAAUCGCUACAAAGCACGUUUAGUAGCACAAGGCUACAAUCAACGCCUUGGUCUUGAUUAUGCAGAGACAUUCAGUCCUGUCAUUAAAUCAACAACGAUUCGUGUGGUUCUUGGUGCUGCGGUUGAUGGAUCGUAG